UUCUGCUAGCUUCUCGUUAUGAAAUUUCUUCCUUCCUCUGCAAAAGAAAAUUUUCAGUGUUUUUGCUGAGAAAAAGUUCUUCGUGCUCAUUACUCAUUUCCUCCGCUCAUUUGAUUCAAUAUAUUCGAAUUCCGGACGGGAAAUUUUUUUUUUUUUCCUCUUGAAUUGGUAUAAAUUAUAGGGUUUUCGGUAUUGUUAGGUAUGGGGGAAGUGAAAAUGGAAGAGACUCCAUUACCAGCUCUGUUUGAGCAAGCUCGGAAGAUCCAUUUGACGGUGACGGAGUCCGGUGCUGAUCAGGAGCUCGUAAGGAAGGGAUGCGAAGCACUGGAGAAGUGUGAGGACAUGAUAAGCAGACUGGGAUUGUUCUCAUCGAAUGAGACCAAAGACGACAUCAGCACCGCUAAUCUCAAGUAUAUCCUGGUGCCUUAUUAUCUGGCAGAGCUGAAUGAAAAACUUUCUGGGGAGGACCGGAUACAGAUUCUCAAGACUUCGCAGGCAAAAUUGAAGGAGUUCCUUUUGUUCUGUGAAGUAAUGGAACUUGUACCAGAAGAGGAGUUGCAAGCUUCUGCCCAAGGAAGUUCAAAUUCUUUUGCUGAUAGAAGAGCCCUCAAGGUAGCCCGGUUCAAACGCCAAAGAGCUGCAGAAGCUAAGUUGAUGGAAACAAAGCAGAGGAAGGAGAGGCGUGGAUGUUCAACUAAAGUGGCUGCCUCAUCCACUCCAGUUGAGGCUGGAGAGGAAGAUGUGCUGGAUGAUGAUGGAGAGGAAGAAAGGGAGGCUUGGCUUACUACCAUCACUUUGGCCAUUUGUAAGGCCUUUGAUCUGGUUGAUAUGCUUAAGAAGGAAGAAGAAAUGCUUUCUGCUAUAAAGGAAAUACAAUUAAAGGAAGGGAACAAAGAAUUUUCUCAGGAUGCACUUGAUAAUUGCACCAAGAAAGCAGAGGCAUGGCACCGUGAUGCUGCAGCUCGUGCACAAUAUACUAAACCUGCAGAACCUAUCACAUGUGCUACAUUUGCUCAAGAUGUUUUAGAAGGGCGGGCAAAGGUCUCACAGGCUCAUGACCAUAAACACCAGCCUUUGAUCUUCGGACCUCAAAGCCUCAUCGGUAGAAGCCUAACAAGUGAGAGGGAAAGAAUGGCAGCACAAGUUUUCCAGCCUGGUCAUAGGUUACCAACCAUGAGUAUAGAGGAAGCUGGUCUAAGGGAAAUGCAAAUGAUGAAUGGGUGGCAGGAAAGAACUGCAAAAAUGAUGGAAGAAGCUAAUUCCGCUUGGUACAAGGACAACCACAAAUUGGGACCAAAUGAAGAUGAUGAAGAUGAUGAUGCAGCCCAGGAUAAAGCAAGAGCAUGGGAUGACUGGAAAGAUGAUAAUCCUCGUGGUGCAGGCAAUAAGAAGCUUACCCCAUGUGGGUAAAGAUCAGGAAGUGUUUAAAGGCUUUAUCACAUAUUCUUUCAUAAAAAAUUUAAGCAAAAAUAAAAAAAUAGAAAAUAAAAAAUCAAUGGCAGUAUCAGCUAUCAGGAACAUUGCUUAAAUUUUAUAUUUAUUUGAUAGAUUUGGGUCUGCUGAUUGUUAGGUUUUUCUGUUUGAAGAACUAGCAGAGAGUAUAAUAUCCAUGCAGGCAGUAGAACACGUCUCUUUCUUCCAGGUUCUUUUUAGCGUUUGUAUUGUAUGCCCAAUUGCCUAAGUACUUGAAAUGAGUCUAUUUGUUGGCAAACUUCAUGAAUUGUUCAUACGUGAAACUCUGAGGCAAAGCAGUAAUGGCUGUUAUGGUGUCUGUAUUUCUCCUUUGGGUUCUCAUUCUAACCAUGCUUGGGGUUAUAAGGAUGAAAUCUUGGUGCUCAGGUUGAUUUGGCCUCGCUAUUGUUUUUGUAGAACUUUUGUUUGGGUGUAUCUUUUGCUGCAUAUCUUUGCAAAAGUGCCUCUUUGUUUUUUCUUAUCAUAGGUUGCACAAUAAAAAACAAUUAUUUCU